GAAUGCCGAUCGAUUCAAUUUACUGUUUUUAAAGUGUGGCUGACAAGAGUGAAAAGUAAAGUUUCACCUGGGUGAGCCCCAGCAGUUUUCCAAGUCCAUUUGGGCGAAAUUCAUAGCCAGGCCUAGCUUGAAUUCAAAUUUUUUAUUUUUUAGAAAAAGAGUUUUGAAAAGCGAUGAAACCACUUGGGUGUGACUACCGUCAUAUCAGCACUUUCUCACCACCGUAGAUUCUUAAAAAGAUCAAAGUCAUAUGUUGACCCUACUAGAAGGACCUGACAAGACCAGAACUGACCACGUGUUAUUUUAUCUAGUCUGUCAAUGGUUUGUUUUUCACGGGCUGUGACGAUAGUUUUACCUUGAUACCAAGAGCACCCGACAAAGCAAAUCCAGGCCAGGCCAUAAAAUCGAGCUUCCCACCCCUGGCUCUUUACAGCUCUCUCUUCGCUUCCAACAUGAAGUAUUCAAAAGAAAUGAAAUUCUCUUAAAAGCAAAACCAAAAAAUAGUUACGAAAUUGCAUUAACUGCUAGUACUACUAGUUAAAAUCAUUUGUUAUUUCUAAAAAUGGUUUCGCUGGAAGAUUCUCACUCCAAUUCAAACCGGUUCCCGUUGGGUCGAAACUUCUACACGCCAGGUACAGCUUCGACCACCAAAAUCCACCGACACACGGGCCGUUCCAUGCGUACGAUACGCUCCAAUCUCUACCAAAACGAUAACAGCAGCUGCUCCUUCACCAGCUCCGUUCCUGAAAGGUCUGGAUUUGUCUCCGAAAAUCUCACCGAAUCCGUUAUCGACAUGCGUCUCGGGGAACUAGCUUCCAAAAGCAACACCAAAUCGAUUAAGUCCGAGUCAGAAAACGAGGACUUUUUGGACAUUUCUCAAGCCUUCAGUGAUUUCUCCGCUUGUAGCAGCGAUAUCUCUGGUGAGUUGCAGCGCCUAGCGAGCUUGCCCUCAACUGAAAACGCGUUGAUAAAUGAGAGCAGCAAUCGAGCCGAGUCCGAGCCGGAGCCGGAGCCGUGUCACGGCUUUCUACAGAGAGAGUAUUUCUCGACAGAAAUUAUUGAGAGUAUUUCGCCAGAGGAUCUUCAACCCACAGUGAAGAUCUGCAUCGACGGUCUACAAUCACCGUCCGUUGCGGUGAAACGAUCGGCUGCGGCAAAGCUCAGGCUACUAGCGAAGAACCGCGUGGAUAACCGUGCGUUAAUCGGAGAAUCCGGUGCGAUCCCUGCUCUGAUUCCACUCCUACGAAACAGCGAUCCUUGGACUCAAGAGCAUGCAGUGACUGCGUUACUAAAUUUGUCACUUUUCGAACCGAACAAAGUCCUAAUUAUAAAUGCUGGAGCUAUAAAGUCAUUAGUGUAUGUUCUCAAGACAGGAACCGAAACCUCCAAGCAAAACGCGGCUUGUGCACUUCUGAGCUUAGCUUUGAUUGAAGAAAACAAGACUUCCAUUGGAGCAUGCGGGGCAAUCCCGCCACUGGUAUCUCUUCUGAUGAAUGGAUCCAACAGAGGGAAGAAAGAUGCACUGACAACCCUUUAUAAGCUGUGUUCGGCCAGGCAGAACAAAGAAAGGGCGGUCAGUGCCAGUGCAGUUAGGCCUUUGGUGGGGAUGGUGGGAGAGCAAGGGACCGGGAUGUCAGAGAAAGCGAUGGUUGUUCUUAGUAGCUUGGCAGGAAUUAAGGAAGGAAGGGAAGCUAUUGUGGAGGAAGGUGGGAUUGCGGCAUUGGUGGAGGCGAUUGAGGAUGGAUCUGUCAAGGGGAAGGAGUUCGCAGUGUUGACACUGUUGCAGUUGUGUACUGAUAGCAUUAGGAAUCGUGGUUUGCUUGUAAGGGAAGGUGGGAUCCCUCCUCUUGUGGCGCUUUCUCAGAUCGGGAGUGUUAGGGCUAAGCAUAAGGCUGAAACGCUUCUCGGGUAUCUGAGAGAACCAAGACAAGAAGCUUCAUCAUCCAGUCCUUAGAGAAGAGAAGUUUAAUUACUCAUAGAGGUAAUUAUACUAGGUUAUUAUUAUUUUUGUAUAUAGGGAGUGUUUAGAUGGUUUGUACAGUGUGGUCGAGAAAUUUGGCAGAAUGAUUGUGCAAGUAAAAAUGAAAAAUUAGGGGAGGCUAGUGUGCAAGAGACUGACAUUUAGAUGUAUGAUUUUGGCUAUGUUAUAUUUUCCCUCUUAUUGACUUAUAUUUUGAUGGGGGGAAUAAUUGUUUGGCUUGUGGGUUUUGGGCUGAUUAGAUUUGGGUUAUUUUCCUUAUGUUUUGUUUAGGUAACCCAAAUUCCAUUGCAUAGGUCUACUGAGUACUGAUUACCUGUUUUCUGCAUGGUGAAGAUGAAGAGUAUGUUGAUAUGCUCUGCCUCUGAGCAUUUUUUUUUUUUUUAAUUUUUCUCAUCGCAUCUUUGUAGCUUGAGCUUUAUGUAAAGGAAACAAUUGUGUUAGAUUUGCAAAAAGUUAUCUAAAUGUCACAUAUCAUAAACCUUUUUGUUCGUGUACUUUUCUUGAUCAUCUCUUUGCUGCUGCAGAUGCAGAAGUAAACUGCUCUGUCUAAUAGAUAUUUUUCCUUAAGUUCUUUGUUGUUCGAUAAAUGCCCAUAGCAUGUUUAUGCAACAUCUGCUUCAUACAGAAUGCAGGAGGUAUGGUUCAAUAUCUGGAUUUCUUUCCUUUCCCACAAAUUUCCCAGCUGCCAAUGGGAAUUAUGAUUAUUGUCGAGGGAUUGAAUAUAGCUUUAGGUGGAUGCAUGUUGUGGCAUGGUAGGGUCCUUGAUCUGCUCCUAUUUGGUGUAAAGUAGUUAAUCUGCUGGGUGCUACCAUCACCAUUUGUCUGUCCUACUUGCAUACAUCUAGCAAUGGCCACCAACCGGUUCAUCCCCACCACAGAUACAUAUAUUGAAAUUUGUAUGAGAGCAAAACUUUCUUUUUCAUUCUUUGUCGUUAUUAAACAUGCAUUAGCUGGCAGAGCAGGUGUGUUUUGUCCCACUGUGUGAAGGAUUGUCAUUCCGUAGUCAAAUUUAUGAAUUCAAGUAAUAAUGAGACCAAGUGUCGGCAUCCGUUGGUUAAGAUGCUUGUCUUGGAUUGCUCAAGCGUUGUCAGUUUCUACCGAGUCCAAUGGCAAAAAUUCCAUGACAUGAUAUAUUUCUUCAUGGAACAGAGAUGGGCUGCGGCCCUGCAUAUUCAUCAUUUUAUUGACAUGCUGAGCUUCAAGUGCUAACGCCACCAUACAGGUUGUUCUUGGGUAUGGUGGGAACUGGGAAAGGACAAACUCCAGUCCCAGCAAAACGGAGCUGCUUUAAAGAGAGAAGAGGAACUGAAGAAGAGGAGUAAUACUGGAGGCAAGAAGUAUUAAAGUCUGUAAAGCCUUUCAUGAGUAAAUUUUAUCAUUGAUCACUAAAUUUUCAUCAAAUUUUCAUUUAGGUUAAUUAAAUUUUAAUUUGUUUUAAUAAAGUCAUUGAACUUUGUAAAUUGUAUCAAAUUUAAUUAUUUUAAUAGAUUUUAGUCAAAAAAAAUUAAUGAAAAAAAUACAAGUUGACUAUUUUAGUUCUCACAUUAACUAUCACAUCAAUAUUUUUUUUUAUGCUUUUCACAUUAGCAAUUUUAGACAAAAAAUUAAAAGAAAUUUCACUAAAAGAUCUUUUGCUUAUCAUUGUUUUUACUUUAAUAUAUCUUAGUUUUUACUUUAAUAUCAUCAAAACAAUUAUAGCCACCACAAU